AUGGAGGUAAUUGGUGAUUCUUUGGACGGGACGACGGUGCGGAAUCGCAAACCGCAGAAAAAGCAACAGAAAGUCACCGAAGAGGACAGUAAACAGAGCGCUGCGCUUGACGAAAACGAAAGACAUCAAUCAAGCGACGAACCCGCCCCGUUGAAGUCUGGGCAUGGUGUGGACAAAAAGUUGAAAGGUUUCACCGAGGCGAUUGAGGAAGUCACCAACGGUGACGUCGUCGACGAUCGCUUCAACGUCACAAUACGAGUGCAGUUCAAUGCAGCCACCGUGGGUCUUUUCCUGCUAUCGUUUCUGACGCGAUUCUAUCGCAUAACACACCCGAGGGGAGUUGUCUUCGACGAAAUCCACUUUGGCAAGUUUGUAUCGCUCUACCUCAAGAACACGUUCUACUUCGACCAGCAUCCCCCGCUGGGAAAGCUCCUUAUCGCGGGCGCGGCCGGAGCCGUCGGUUAUAGUGGCAGUUUCGAGUUUCCGAAAAUCGGUAGCGCCUACGAUGAGUCCGUCCCAAUCUUUGCCCUUCGGUUUGUGCCGGCUCUCUGUGGAAGCUUGCUGGCACCGAUCGUUUACUCCAUCCUGCGACAGGUGAAACUUGGCCGAGGAGUCAGCAUUCUGGGAGGACUGCUCAUUAUUCUCGAUAAUGCCCUGUUGACGCACUCCCGAUUCGUCCUGAUGGAGUCGAUGUUGUUGUUCUUCGCCGCGUUCGGUAUUCUGUCGGUGCUGAAGUUUGUCCAGGCACGACCAUUCUCUGUACGCUGGUGGGUCCUCGGAUCGCUUACGGGCUGCUCUCUGACGGCGGCCAUCUGCGUGAAGUUUAUCGGAUUCUACAGCUACCUGGUGGCGUUGUACAUUGUGGGACGGCACGUGUGGCUGGAGCUGCCGGAUCGGCGCAAGUCGAACGUCUACAUCAUCGGGAAGGCUGUCGUCCAGAUUGCCCUCGUUCUGGUCGCCUCGCUGGCCGUCUACCUCGGGUGUUUCUACGUACACUUUGCGAUGCUGUACAAAGCGGGUCCACAUGAUAACGUGAUGACGAGCGCUUUCCAGGCUUCGCUGGAGGGAGGUUUGGCCUCGAUCACCAAGGGUCAACCGUUGCGCAUUCAACACGGCUCACAGAUUACGCUGAAGCAUACCCACGGUCGAGUGUGUUGGUUGCAUUCCCAUACAGCCGUGUACCCGAUCAAGUACAGCGACGACCGUGGCUCGAGCCAUCAGCAGCAGGUGACCUGCUACGGGUUUAAGGAUGUCAACAACUGGUGGAUAGUGAAGCGUCCGGAAAAGGACAAUCUCAUGGUGGACGACGAGCCUGACUACAUCGAGCAUGGAGAUGUUGUGCAGCUCGUGCACGGUGUCACUAGCCGGGCGCUGAACUCUCACGACGUGGCGUCUCCGAUGUCGCCCCUGUGCCAGGAAGUGUCCUGCUACAUUGAUUACAACAUCUCGAUGCCGGGGAACCUGCUGUGGAGGGUGGAGUUGUUGAACGGCAAGGAGUCGAAGAACAAGUGGCAUGCGAUCACGUCCCAGGUGCGACUGGUGCACGUCAACACGAGCGCGGCCUUGAAGUACUCCGGCGAACAGCUGCCCGAUUGGGGCUUCAACCAGUUCGAGGUGGUCGCUGACCGACGUCAGUACACGAUCGACACCAUCUGGAACGUGGAGGAACACCGGUACACCGAGCACAAGGACAAAAAGGAGGUUUUGAACAAACUCCUCACGACGGAGAUGAUUCCAACCGAACCGACGACCCUCUCCUUCUGGAACAAGUUCUACGAGCUGCAGAUGAAGAUGCUCCUGCACAACGACAAGCUCGAAAGUCACAUGUACUCCUCGGAACCGCACGAGUGGCCCCUUAUGGACAAGGGUAUCGCGUACUGGAUCGAUGGUAACUCGAACGCUCAGAUCCAUCUGCUCGGAAACCUCGUCAUCUGGUACUCGGCCACCUUCGGAAUCGUGCUAUACGUAGGAUUCCUCGUGUUCUACCUCAUUCGCCGACGACGCCAGCUCUUCGAUCUGGAUCCGGCAGCGUGGAAUCGCUUCCGGCUCGGAGGCGAGAUCUUUCUGGCCGGAUACCUGAUCCACUACCUACCGUUCUUCUUCAUGGAGCGCACGCUGUUCCUGUACAACUACCUACCGGCGCUGAUGUUCAAGAUACUUCUCCUCUGUUUCGUAGUCGACCACUGUCAGCAGGCUAUCAGAGCUUCCGGUAGCCGCUCGAAGCUUGUACUCACCAUAUUCCGCGCCAUCCUUGCCACCUGGUUCGCCGGAGUGCUGUACUUCUUCCGACGCUACAGUGUACUCAGCUACGGUACGACGGCACUAUCUGCGGACGAUGUUCUCGGGUUGCGCCUCAAGGACACCUGGGAUCUGAUCGUCCAUAAACCAUAG